AUGACAGCCGUCGACUUUCCGGUAACUGCUGCUGCGCUAGACCAGCAGCGGAUGCAGCCAAAGCAGCGCGAUCCGAGAGUAAGUGAUGCGAAACCAUCCUCGAGCGGUUUGCGAGCACGCUUGACGCGACGAGCAGCACUACGCUCGAUCGUGCUCAGCCUGCUCGUAGCAGCACUAGCUAGUGUGGCGAUACCGUUCGCGUUUCCCGAACUUGUCUUGUCUUCGGAGAAAGUGGCCAUAGUGACGCAGUUCUUCGAGCGCUCAGGGCUGCACGAUGCGCUACAAACCAUCGAUUUGUAUGGACCAGAUUCUGCUUCCGAAUCGCACCUUGAGUCAACGCCAUCCUCACCCACGCUUCGAGGAGGUCACACGAACAACUGGGCGGUGCUGGUGUGCACCUCCAAGUUCUGGUUCAACUACCGUCAUAUCGCCAACACGCUCGGCAUGUACCGCACCGUGAAGCGGCUCGGCAUUCCAGACAGCAACAUCAUCCUCAUGUUGGCCGACGAUGCGGCGUGCAACCCACGCAACAAAUUCCCCGGUAACGUGUGGGCUUCGACAGCGAACCGCCUAGACCUGUACGGGCACAACAUUGAAGUCGACUACCGCGGCUACGAGGUGUCAGUGGAAAAUCUGAUACGCCUGCUGACCGGUCGGCUACCACCCACGACGCCCAAAUCCAAACGCCUCGAAAGCAACGCUCGCUCCAACGUCUUUCUCUACAUGACCGGCCAUGGCGGCGACGAAUUCCUCAAAUUCCAAGACUACGAAGAAAUCUCGGCCGUCGAUAUCGCAGACGCCAUCGAACAGAUGUGGCAGAAAAAACGCUACCACCAACUCUUCUUCAUGAUCGACACCUGCCAGGCUAACACAAUGUACAGCAAAAUCUACUCUCCCAACGUCCUCGCCACAGGUUCCAGCGAAAAAGGCCAGAACAGCUACAGUCACAACGCUGACGAUGACCUCGGCGUAGCCAUGAUCGACCGAUUCACCAACUUUGUCCUCGAAUGGAUGGAAACCAAAGACAAAUCCUCCAACGCCACCAUGAAGGAUCUCUUCAACGCAUACGAUCCAGGCGUCAUCGAAAGCGAUCCCGGUGUAAGAACAGAUCUCUUUGCGAGAGAUCUGAGCCAGGUCAAGCUUACCGAUUUCUUCGGCGGCGUGAGUCAGAUCGAUCUGAUUGAUAGAAACAGCGAGCUGACGCUCAUGUGA